AUGACAGACAAUCUCACAAGGACGCUAAUUGCUACUCCAUUUGUAGAUGAACAAAGCAGGUCAACGCACGCAGCUCUGCACUAUUUCAGUGUGGGAUGAGUAUUGUCAUUAAGAUGUAUAAAUUGAGGCUGUAAAGCAGACUGUCACUCUCUUUAGUGGAUGACAAGAACGCGGUGGUGGACAGAGCAGCAAACACAUUGUAUUUGAGGUAGGAAACGGUUUCUCAUUGGAAAUAUAUGAAGCAUUCUCUAGCAUUGAAGGUACGGGUACAGAGAUGAUUUAUUUACAUGCAUCUGUUCUGCUUUUUGUUAGGAUGAAGCAUACACAGUUUGCAAUAGCUACAAUAAUAUCCUUACUUAUUGCAUGUGUUGCGGCUCAGUCUUCUAGGGAAGCAGAAUGGAAAUCCCUGGGGAACCCCUACAACAGAGAUCUGGUAAAUCUCAAAUAUUUGGAUGCUUAAUUUUUGGCAUCUGCGUGCUCUGUUAUGUGUCCAGAUUGUGCUCAGCAUGUUCAAACUAGUGUAAAAAGUAAAUGAGCCGUUUUGUGGCUAAUUUGAUGACAGAGAAAUGGAAAGCUUAUAAAGAUCGAACCCGAUAAGAAAUACAAAUGUAAGCAUUAUUUAUCUUUGUUUUUUUAGUGUAUCUUGACUUUUCAGAAAAAGUCUUUUAAAAAAUAAUUUUUAAUUUUCAAAUAAAUACCUCUGAAAAUAAGUAAUUUUUAGUUAUUAAGAGUUAUUUAGUUUAUACUUUUUAUAGCACCCGACGACUACUUUCCACUUUGUAAAUGAAUCCGGGAAAGAUGCAUGUGCAUACAGAUUUCGAAAUAUCUGAAAAUGUCAAACAUUUACACGGUUAUUCAAAGUGAGUUUUGUUAAAAAUUCUAAGUGAAUUUGAAAUUUAAGGCCAAAGUAACUGGACUUUUGAACAGCUGAUAUCAAUAAUUUUUCCAGUUUGGUUAUUUUGGUCUAUUACAAUUCCCAACAAUUCUCACUAAAGUGAAUACCCUGUUAGUGUUUGUUUGAUUUCUUUUUUUUGUAAUAACACUGUAAUGUGUGUUACAUUUUACAUAUUUGUUCAUGUUGUGCAUCACCUGAGUUGGGAAGCUCUCCUGUAGCAUAGAAGCUCACAGAAAUCAUGUCUCCCAGAGUUCCUCGAUUCAUGGGCAAAUGAACACAGAAAGGCAAUGUGUUUAAGACUUCACCCUGUACCCCUAGCAACAGACACUUGUUUUUUUUUUUUUUGUUUUUUUUUAAAGCAAGCAUGGGUUAUGAUUUAAAGUGAUCAUUGGCCAGAAACCAGUCAUGCUCAUUUGCAUGUCAAAGUGGGAAUUCUCUCAACUUGAGAUAUGCAGGUGAUGCACAACAGUAUUUUUUCUGUCUGCACAUUGAGUUUUUUCAUGUCUGGUCUCUAUAAAAAUAAUAAUAAUAUAUGUAGAAAAGGUAAAUAUUCACCACACACUUUUUCUGCUGACGAUUCAAUAUAUAUCUAAUAUGCCCACAAAAAAAGAAAGAAAAUGAUAAAAUAAUAUGCCCAGAAAAAACAAAAAGAAAAAAAAUUCAUCCUUGACUACAAGGUAUCAAUUAGACUUAUCCUGGCAUUAAUAACUAUCAUAGUGUUGUAUUUACUGCUUUUCCAAAAUAGUAUGCAGGCUUUUUUAAAAAAAAAAAAAACAUCUGCUGAAUUUUAUGAAGUAUGUAAAUAACAUAUAUAUAUAUAUCCUGUCUGAAAAUUCUUUAUUGUUAAUAAUUAAAGAAUCAAUUCCUCUAGCUAAAGUUAAACUUUAUUUUUCAAAAUUUCAAUGGAUGACCUCUUGUUUUGUGUACAGUCAUUAACAGUCAUGUUAAUGAACAAAUCCCAAGAUAUAUAUUGUAUAUAUUUGUAUAUUAGCUCAGGAAUAUGUUGUUUUUUUUUUUUAAACGAAAAUAAAUGCAGCUCUAGCCUUUGUUAUACAAGAAGGGGCAAGCCCAGAGUUUCAGCUUUAUUCACUAAAAUGAGAAUUGUCAGAAAUUAAAGAGACACUGUUCCCAUCCCCCUUAAUCCUGCAAGUGUAAUUAUUGCAGUUUCUAUAAACUGCAAAAAUUACCUUGCAGGGUAAAGUCCUCCUCUAGUGGCAGUCUACCAGAGAGGGAUUUCCGGGUUCUUAGAUGACUUUUGGUCGUCUAAACAACGCUGGAAGUCCUCACGUUAUGCAUGAGGAUCUCCAGGGUCGCCGAAAUCCCAAUAGGAAAGCAUUGAAUAAUGCUUUCCUAUGGCGAGGUCUAAUGCGCUCACACGCGUGCGGCCGUUGCCCUGCAUUAGGUCUCAUCCGCCAGCGGAUAAUGGCGGGGAGGAGCGUGGGCAGAGCCUGACUCAGUACCAAGGGACAUCGGCACUGGAUUCAGGUAAGUAUCUGAAGGGGUUUUAACCCCUUAAGCAAUGCGGGUUGGGGGGAGAGGGGGUGAAGGGGGGCGACAGUAUUCUACAGUGCAAGGAAAAUGGGUUUGUUUUACUGGCACUAGUGAAUCCCUUUAAAAGUUAAGUUCAAAGGGACACUAAAGUUAGCCAGACCACUUUAUCUCAAUGAAGUGGUUUGGUUAUAGUGGUUCUGUCAUUUUAACCCUGCAAUUUAAAACAGUGCAGGUUUGCAAAAACUGCAAGUUUACAUUGCAAGGUUAACACACAUCAUGUGGCUGUCUUUCUGAUUGCCACUAAAGUCACUUACUAUUCCAGAACUGAGUGACACGUGGUCGUGGAAUCAAAUAGCUGAUUAUAGCAGUAUUUGAUUGGAGGACUACAGCAUUUGGCUGCACAUCAAUAGUUCCAAUCCAGUACUUCUCUAUGAGAUGCCCUGGAUGAAGCAGAUUGCAAAGCAUGCAGUUGCAACAGAUGAGGUAUGCAAAAAAAAUAAAAAAUACUGUGCAUUACAGAAAUUUUAAAAUUAAAGGAACACUGUAGGAUCAGGAACACAAAUAUGUAUUUCUGACUCUAUAGUCAGUGGUGUAUCCUGGUUUUGUGCUGCCCUAGGCAGGACAAAACUCAGGUGCCCCCCUCCCCUUGCCCCCCCUCCACCCAACCCUUCCCUCUGCCCCGCCUUCUAAAUACACACACACACACACACACAUUCACUGACAGAUACGCAUACAAUAGCUAACACACACUCAUUCACUAACAGACACACACACACUCACUAACAGACAAACACUAACAGACACACACACUCACACUCACUAACAGACACACACACUCACGCACACUAACAGGCAAACACACUCACACUCACUAACAUACACACUCACUAACAGGCACACACACACACACACACUCACUAACAGACAAACACACACUCACUCACUAACAGACAAACACACACACACACACUAACAGACACACACACUCACUCACAUUAACACACUCACUUUUUUUUAUUUAACCCCCCCCAGCCUCCUUAGCUUUGGGAAUGCUGGGGGGGCAGGGGGGGGUUUUCCUCUCUACCUGGGGGACCAGUGGCUGAUGGGCAGGCUGCUGGGCGGGCAGGCGGCGCUGGCGAGGGAGCACUUUCCCCUGAGCACUCUGCUCAGCUCCCUCACGCGCCACCCGCAGAGUGAGGCUGGGAGCCGGGAUAUGACGUCAUGUUCCGGCUCCCAGUCUCACUCUGCGGCGUGCGAGGGAACUGAGCAGAGAGCUCAGGGGAAAGUGCUCCCUCGCCGCCCGCCCGCCCAGCAGCCUGCCUUGUCAGUUAGCCGCAAGGCUAACAAGGCAUUAGACCUGGGCAUUUGGGGGCGGCUUUUUUUGCUGCCCCCCUGGAAAAUGCCGCCCAAGGCAAAGGCUUUGUUUGCCUCGCGGCUAAAACAUCCCUGCCUAUAGUGUUAAAAACACUAUCUAGCCCCUAAAUAUAAUAAAAUUUUACUUUUAUACCAAUCUACUGCUGGCUCUACCCCUGAUCUACCUCCUUGGCUGACAUAAUCAGACGUAAUGAUCUCAGCCAAUCACAAUGCUUUACCAUUGGAAUGCAAUGGGUUGGUUGAGAUUGUCAAUUCUGAUGAUCUCAGCCAAGGAAUCAGGCCAGGGGGCCAAGCUAAAUACCGCCCUGGCCAAUCAGCAUCUCCUCAUAGAGAUGCAUUGAAUCAAUGCAUCUCUAUGAUAAAAGUUCAGUGUCUCCAUGCAGAGGGUGGAGACACUGAAUGUCAGGAAGCACCUCUAGUAGCCAUCUGAGGAGUGGCCAGUGGAGGUAUCCGUUGGCAGUAAUGUAAGCACAGCCUUUUCUCUGAAAAGACACAGUUUACUGCAAAAAGCCUAAAGGAAUGAUUAUACUCACCAGAACAAAUACAAUAAGCUGUAGCUGUUCUGGUGUCUAUAGUGCCCCUUUAAACUUAUUCAGGAAGUGUAGAGAGGCACAGCCAGAGGAGUUGUGGCUACAACUGCAUAAACAAAGUGAUUUAACUCCUAAAUAGAAAAUAGUUGAGAGGCAUGACCUAUACAACAAAACCAACCACUUCAGCUAAGGUUAAGCUAACAUUGUUUUAGUGCAUAGUGUCAUUCUUUUAAGUGAAAUCUAUGGUAUCUAUGAAAGCAGACUAUAACAUGGUUGGCAAUAAUCUUUAUAAAUAUUCCACCAUUUAUUGAUUUUAUAUAUCUCCUUUUAGUUUUUCAAAUUCUUGAAAUCUUAUAUCACUGGAAGAGGGGGAAGUCACAUGGUGAGCCCCGGAACAAAGGACAAGCUUGUGAAUGAUCUGAAAACAAACAUGGACUCAAAGUAUAGCAACCUUGAGGAAAUUAUGGACAACAAUGAGAUAGAAGAUAUAUAAUCACUGACGUUACGUUUUAACAACUGUAAUGUAAGGAAGUGGUGUACGACAUGCCAUAACAAAAACACUCAUAAAAAUCUAAACAAUUUAUGCUAACAUGUUUAUUUGAUUUCUAGCCUUUAGCUAUUGCAUUCCUUGAAAGUAUGUUUUAUUCUGAAUUGAUAAUAAAAGUUGUU